GAGAACCGUGCGACCUUGUUGAGUGGGGCCAAGAAUGGGCGGAACGACGUCAUUCCAUGUAUUUAUUUCCGCAUUUUAAAGAGCUUCGCCUGGCUGCAAAUUCUAGGGCUCAGAAAAUUCUGCUUUGGGGAGGGUUUUGGUGGACUCUUCUCUAACUAGUAUUAGACGCGUACCUUAGGAAGAAGCUCCAAUGGCGCCGCCUCCAGGACCCUAUUCCGGAACCAGCACUCUUGCUUUGGUGGCUCGUGCUUCUGCCUUCUCUAUUGGACUCGUUUACGGAAGUAUCAAGCUCAAAUAUCUGAAGGCAAAGGCCAAGUCUCACCAAAAAGCUGAAGCUAAGGGUCACCAUUGAAGAAAUGCUUUGCUCUCUGGUUUUUUGUGGGUAGAAAUAAUGCAUUAUGAUGUGUCUCGCCAAUGUUUCAUAUUUUAGCAUUAAACAUUUGUCCACCAUGGUGCUUUAGUUAUAUAGCUCUGAAACUGUAUGGAUAGAGGUUAGUGGUGUUCACCAUGUCUUAGAUUUUAAGGGAUCCACUGCUUUCUGAACAGGAGGGAAACUGGAUGAUUAUGAAAUGUGUGUUGAUUAGAGAAAUUAUUCAGAAUUUUUGUGCUCUCAA